UGAUCAUGUGAUAUUGUCUGCAAUAAUCGGACAAGAUGUCGAUGUUUGCCUUUGUUACUUGCUGUUUACUUUGUUUAUGUCAUGCGAUUCCUACAUCAAAAGAGGCAAAAUGUGGAUAUGAUAGCUGCAAUCCCGUAAAGGAUGAUAUGAUCAACGUUCACUUGGUUCCUCAUACACACGAUGAUGUUGGAUGGCUGAAGACUGUCGACCAGUACUAUUAUGGGGCACGCAAUGAAAUCCAGAAUGCUGGUGUCCAGUACGUUCUCGAUUCUGUCAUCCCAGCACUUGUCAGCGACCCAAACAAGCGCUUCAUCUACGUGGAGAUUGCGUUCUUUGCUCGCUGGUGGCGGGAACAGACAGACAGCAUGAGACAUGUAGUGAAGGGGCUUGUAAAUUCAGGUCAGUUUGAGUUCAUCCUGGGAGGAUGGUGCAUGAAUGAUGAGGCUUCCACUCACUAUAAUGCCAUGAUAGACCAGCAUGCCCUGGGCUUUGAGUUUCUUCGACAAAACUUUGGCGAGUGUGGACGGCCUCGUAUUGGCUGGCAGAUUGACCCAUUCGGUCACUCAAGGGAGCAGGCUUCAAUGUUUGCUCAGUUUGGAUUUGAUGGGCUGUUCUUUGGUCGCCUUGACUACCAAGACAAGAAUCAUCGUCUCAACACAUCAACAAUGGAAAUGCUGUGGCAUGGGUCACCUGAUAACUUAGGACAACAGGGUGACUUAUUUACCGGGGUAUUGCCCAAUCUUUACCAGCCUCCAAGUGGGUUUGACUUUAACCAGUACAGUUCAGAUGAUCCGUUUAUGGACGACCACCGUCUCCAUGACUACAAUGUGAAUCAGAAGGUGAAUGAUUUUCUCGAGGCCGUACAUGAUCAGGCGAAGCAUUACAAGACAAACCAUAUCGUGAUGACAAUGGGCUCAGACUUCCAAUACCAGAAUGCCCACCACUGGUACAAGAACCUCGACAAGCUUAUCAAAUACACCAACAUGCGGCAAACAACACACAGCUCCAAAGUGAACCUUCUCUAUUCAACACCCUCAUGCUACACGUACCAACUGAACCGCGCCAAUAAAACAUGGCCGACCAAGAGCGACGAUUUCUUCCCAUACGCUGACCGAGAACAUACAUUUUGGACUGGAUAUUUCACCAGCAGGGCAGCACUCAAGGGUUAUGUGAGGGAGACAAAUGCAUUUUCACAGGCCUGCAGACAGCUAGAUGCCAUGGCAAAGUUGACCGACUCGGAUAACAGUACAAUCAACAUCCAGGUUCUAAAGGAAGCAAUGGGUGUGGCCCAGCAUCAUGAUGCUGUCUCGGGUACAGAGAAACAGCAGGUUGCCUAUGACUAUGCCUUGAGGCUGGCCAAUGGCAGAAAUGAAUGCCAGAAAGUGAUGAAUGAUGCUAUGAGGAAGCUGUUACCCAAAGAGAAGGAAGGGCCGGCUGCUAUGGAGAUGAAGUACUGUGACCUUCUCAAUAUUUCUGCCUGUACUCUCACAGAACAGAACAAAGAGUUUGUGAUGAUCGUAUACAACCCACUGGGACGCACUGUGAAACACUGGGUCCGCCUUCCUGUGAUUGGCUCCGCCUACUCGGUAUUGGACCCUUCAGGAAACACAGUUGAAACACAGAUGGUGCCACUAACAAAGAGAACCACAGUGAUUCCAGAACGAAAAGGUCACAUAGCAACCAGCGAACUGGUAUUCCAAGUACAGAUACCGGCUCUUGGGUUCAGCACUUAUAUGGUCAAGAUGACACAGGGUAAGAAGAAGUUGACCAAGUCAUCAAACAUCAGAGGCUUUGUUGGCGAACCCUUCGUGAUGAAAAACAAGCAUAUGUCACUUAAGUUUGAUGGUAAAGGAAACUGGGAGAAACUGACUGAUCUACACUCUAAGAAAUCUAUCAACGUCACGAACGACAUAGUGUACUACAACGGGAUGCCAGGAAACUGUAGCAAAGGGGAGUUUCAGCCAUCAGGGGCUUACAUCUUCAGGCCAAAUGGUACCAGCCCUCAGAAAUGGACUGGUCCAUCAUCGGCAAUGAGUAUUGUUGGUCCCCUAGUUGAUGAAGUACACAUGGAGUUCAGCCCCUGGGCUACCCAGGUGACCAGGCAGUACAAGGAUGAACCGUAUGUGGAGGUUGAGUGGACAGUUGGACCCAUCCCAGUUCAAGACAAGUUGGGUAAAGAGGUGGUUGUGAGGUUUGAAACGGGACUCAACACUGACACAUACUUCUAUACAGAUGCCAAUGGCAGGGAGAUUCUCAGAAGAGUUCGUGACUACAGAGAGACCUGGGAUUUGAAUCAGACUGAGCCAGUGGCCGGCAACUAUUACCCUGUCAACAGCCGGAUUUUCCUUAGAGAUGAGGGCACUGGUAUGCAGUUCACCGUGAUGACUGACAGGUCCCAGGGUGGGGCAAGCAUACACGAUGGAGAGGUGGAACUCAUGGUGCACCGUCGCCUUUUGUAUGAUGACUGUAAGGGGGUUGGUGAACCCAUGAAUGAAACCGGCGCUGACCAACAGGGACUUAUCAUCAGAGGCAAGAUGUAUCUUCACCUUGGUCAGACAUUGGACACAGCCAAAUUUCAUCGAGACUUCGGCCUGAAAAAAUACAUGGCACCCAUUCCAGCUUUCUCCGAGACAAACAUGAAAUACCAGGAAUACUCAGCGACAUACAAUACUCAGUGGUCUGGCCUGAAGCGGGAGCUACCUGCCAAUGUGCACCUGUUGACUCUGGAGCAGUGGGGCGGCCCCACGCUGACCCCGUCCGCUACCCAGCCCUAUCUGAUACGGCUCGAGCACUUCUACGAGAUGGCAGAAGAUGCAAAACUCUCAUUACCGGUCACAGUCAGCCUACAGGACCUUUUUGCCACAUUUACGAUCGACAGUAUUGAAGAGUUGACUCUGGGUGCCAAUCUUGCCAAGGCCAGCAUGCAGAGACUCAAGUGGAACACCAUGGAUGGUGAACUCAUUACUGAUAAAGACAAGAACGUGUACAAAGUUGAAAACCGACAGAAACUUGAGGGACCACUGGAUAUUACUCUCAACCCGAUGGAGAUACGGACAUUCCAGGUUAACCUUAAAGACGGACCACCCCGCCAGAAAGUUGACAGAUUUACCGUGUUCUCGUAAUGUGAAAAUUGACUUGCCUUUCUACAAUGUCAUGUAAAGAAGGAAUGAUAAGCGUGUUGAAGUGUGAUGUUUAAGGCUUAUUUUCUGUCAUAAUGAAAAUUCCACCUUGUAUUAAAAACAUGCUUAAAAUAAUUGUUGAAAAAUGUGCCUUUUCCUUAUGAUUUAUUUUUGAUCAGCAUGAUAUGCUUAUGUGUUCUUGGUAUUAAAAUGUUUUUCCCCUAUUUAAAUAUUAUUUAUAUUUUUCCUUUCAUAUCAGUUCCUAGUUGGACUCGUGUGUACAUGUAUAUUGUUUGCUUCUGACAUAAUAAUCAUUCCAGAUAUUGCAGUCUAAAUGCUGCUAUAAAUAUUAGUAAGAUACUCAAUUGUUAUGGUUAUACCAGGAUUGCAUCAACAGUCUAUUAAUUGACAAUAAUUUUUUUUUUGUUUCAGUGCAAUAAUUCAAUGUUACGAUUAUAUAAAUAUAUAAAUGUUUGUUUUUUUCAUAUUUGGGUAAAUGAUGUAAAUUGCUAGAAAUUUUAGAAAGUAGAAAAGGGGUAUAACCAUGUAAUAAUUAGACCCUGAUUAUUGAUCCCAAAGCGGGUUUUAAUUAUCCCCAUACAUGUUGUGUAUCGCAAGACAUACAUGUUUGCACAUCAUAAUGUACUGUGAUAUUUAUUGUGCAAGUUUUUGUAAUCUUGAAGAAAUAUAUGUCUCGCAUUUAAAAUAAAUACCUUAAAAAAUA